GGCGAGGAGAAGGGGGAAGGAGGGGAGGGCGGUGCCACCCCGAGCCCGCGCUCCGGAAGUGAAGCGGCCAGACCACCGGCUAAUGGAUGCUGAGCAGAGAGCCUGCUGACCGCUCUCGGCUCCAGGGGCACUUGGCUUGACUGGAGCUGAUGUGGACACGCCAUUGUGUGGAGGUGGGGGGCAUCUUCCUGUGUUGGAAGCUUCUUGACUCGCAAGGAACAUUCCAGAACACCUGAACAGGGCUCCAAGCCGCCCCGCUGGGAGGCUUCUUUGCAAGAGUUCCAGGUGCCAGAGUGGAAGGCAUCUUUCCACCGACUGGACAGAGGCAAAGCAUCGGAGACCAGGAGAUCGUACAGGCAGCUGUCCCAGGUGCCUUGGUGGACAGUCAGAGCAGGGUGAGCACACGUGGCUGCCAGCAUCAGUGACAGAGACAGCAGCAACCAGACUGCAGAACCCAGACACAAGCCACCCACUUUGGGUCAGGUCUAAAGACACACUGGGAAGUGCUGAGUUCUUGCCCCUGGGAAGGUAAGGGUCACUGGUCCAGAAAACGUGAGGCUGUCUUGGAGUGACCUAGCCUGGGACUCAUUCCCUGGUGGAUAGGCUUAGAAGCUCAUCGAGGGUAUUUUUGAUCCUAAGGCAGUGCACAUCGCACUCACUGGUCCUGUAGAGUCAGAGUGAGUGAGGUCGUGGGACAAUGGCACUGGCACUGCUGGAAGACUGGUGCAGGAUCAUGAGCGUGGAUGAGCAGAAGUCGCUGAUGGUCAUGGGGAUACCGGCGGACUGCGAUGAGGCUGAGAUCCAGGAGGUCCUUCAGGAGACGUUAAAGUCCCUGGGCAGGUAUCGACUGCUUGGCAAGAUAUUCCGGAAGCAGGAGAAUGCCAAUGCGGUCUUGCUAGAGCUUACAGAGGACACUGAUGUCUCAGUGAUCCCCAGUGAGGUUCAGGGGAAGGGGGGUGUCUGGAAAGUGAUCUUUAAGACCCCUAACCAGGACACUGAAUUUCUUGAAAGACUGAACCUCUUUCUAGAAAAAGAAGGGCAGACAGUCUCGGGUAUGUUCCGGGCCCUUGGGCACGAGGGGGUGUCUCCAGCCACAGUGCCCUGCGUAUCCCCAGAGCUGCUGGCCCACUUGGUGGGGCAGGUGAUAGUGCACGCCCCCCAGCCCCUGCUGCCCAUGCGAUACCGGAAGCUGCGGGUGUUCUCGGGGAGUGCUGUGCCAGCCCCCGAGGAAGAGCCCUUUGAGAUCUGGUUGGAACAGGCCACUGAGAUAGUCAAAGAGUGGCCAGUAGCAGAGGCAGAAAAGAAAAGGUGGCUGAUGGAAAGCCUGCGGGGGCCUGCCCUGGACCUCAUGCACAUAGUGCAGGCAGACAACCCAUCCAUCCGCAUGGAGGAGUGUCUGGAGGCGUUUAAGCAGGUGUUCGGGAGCCUGGAGAGCCGCAGGACCUCCCAGGUGAGGUAUCUGAAGACGUACCAGGAGGAAGGGGAGAAAGUGUCAGCCUAUGUGUUACGGCUAGAAACCCUGCUCCGCAGAGCGGUGGAGAAACGGGCCAUCCCUAGGAAUAUAGCCGACCAGGUGCGCCUGGAGCAGGUCAUGGCGGGGGCCAGCCUGAACGAGAUCCUGUGGUGCCGGCUUAGGGAGCUGAAGGAUCAGGCCCCGCCCCCCAGCUUCCUGGAGUUGAUGAAGGUGAUACGGGAAGAGGAGGAGGAGGAGGCCUCCUUCCAGAAUGAGAACAUCGAAGAGCCUGAGGAACAGGUUGGCUAUGACCGCUGGGACAAUGAAGGAGACCACUAAAGUCCACCUGGGAGUAGGACUCUCAGCCAGUCCGCCUGGGGGACAUUCACUCUGCUAGGCUAAGACCUUCUCAAUGUAUUUUUCUUUAAUAUGAAAUAUUAAUUAAUUAUUAUGGGAUAUUAAUGAGUUUACUUAAUUCAAUAUGAGAUUGAAAUCAAGGCAUUCUAGCCCAUUCUUGAUUUUUCUUCCUAAGAAAAAAACACUUGGGAGAUCUUAGACCCUAGGUAGAUUAUUAAUCAACAAAAGAUUAAAUUCCAAAUAUCAGUAAGCAUGAAAGGAAUCUAAAACACUGUACUUCCAGUUUCCUUUAAGUACUCCCAAAUAAGCCAAAGUUUACCAUACCAUAGAAGAAAAAAUUGACGUUUGAAAAAAAAAGAAUCUUUUGUAAUAAUGUUUACAAAUGAAGCUGUUCCGACUUGACAGGUAUUGUUCUUUCUCCAAUCAGCAAAUUCUCUCUUAAGUAUCUAGCAUUGUGAGACACCAUAUGAGGAGUUACAGACCACAGCUAAGAUCUAUGGUUAAGCAGCUAUAAACCUAUAGAACAGGCCAGGCCCUCAGGGAGGUUCCAGUCUCCAUAAGCAGAUGGCCUAGACUGGUGAAAGGGUAACUAACCCUUUGUGUAAGUAAGUUCCUAACUCACAUAGACAUGUCAUCACUCAACGAAUAGGAUCAUCUCUGCCUGUAGGUUUCUUUCUUCUCUCACCUGGGAAGUGUUCCCCCUCCCCCCUCUGCUAGGUGUCAGAUAGAUGGUUCCAGAGCUAGGUGCUGUGUCAGGCCCUGAAGACACAGAUGACAUGGCCUAAUCCCUGCUUUCAAGAGGUCCCCAAAGAAAGGGUGGACACAAAAGGACAGUACGCAUGGGAGGGGGCAUGUGCGGGACAAGUUUGGAUUUAGUGAAUGGGCCGGUGUGGUUAGGAAGGUUUUAGAGGCGGCAAAAGGCAGAGAGGAGAGGAAAAGAACUCACAUUUAUUGAGGGCCUACUAUGUGCAAGAUGUUUCAUGCGUAUCCCGUGAGUGUGUACAGCAAUCCUAUUGUGGUAUAAUUUUGCUCUUUAUAAAGGGAAAGAAAUUGAAGCUCAGAUGGAUUAAGUGGUCUCAACACUCAAAUGCUGAGAAGUGGUAGAGUCUAGACAGAAGCCCAGAACUCUCUGACAAUGACACACAAUAAUCCACUCUCCACCACUGUAAUGGCUUUCAAAUUGUGCUCCACAGUUCUGCAGAGAUUUUUCAUCAGUGUCAUCUUCAGAAUGUAUUUUAAACUCUUUAAAUCUCUAAUAAGUAGCAAGUAGACUCAAGUGUGCUGAUAACCAAAUUUUAACAUGCUAGUAUUCACCAACAGGUUUGCUUUUAUUUCCAAAUUGAUUCACUUUGUGCAGACCUUGGAAUAAUGCUUCCCUUAUGGUAUCUGUACACGUAUCCACACUACUCUUAAUUGUUCAUAGAUUUAAAAAGUUGCAGCACUUCAUGGGCAUUUAAAUCCGGCCUGUGCAUGUCAUGUAAAGUGUGCUAGCACAGCAUAAAUGAGCACCAUCCAGUUACGUGAUAGGCAAAGCUCUGACACAGUUCACGUAUGGUCUCGUGGUAGAUUUGUGCGGACUAUAAGCAAGUUGCUUAGCUUCUCUAAACAUCAGGGUCCUCAUCUGAAAAAUGAGACGAUGAGAGUACAGGAUUGUUAUUAGGAUCAAAUGGCAUGGUGCCUUUUGAGCACUUUGCAUGGUGUCUGGAACAGAGAAGGCCCUCGCUACGUUGAGGCUCUUACGGUUUUCAUGAUGCUUACUGCCUGCACAGUGCAUGCCCUCUGACAGUUGUGUAGUCACAAGUAAAUACAAAAUCUUCCAGUCGGGUUGUGAUGCCAUUGCAUUAGAAACCACGUCAGCUCCUAUUGUAAGUCUCAGUGCUUGUCGUCUUUUAUAUUUGCGAUGAGUAUUACAGCAGUUGUUGAUGAUUGUUAGAGAUUCGAGUUGAAACAAUAAUUUCUUCUUUCUAGUUGUGGGUCAGUUUAACCAGAGACUACCCUGUAAUUUAAGAAAAGCAUUUUUUUAAGAAAAGCUAUCAUUUGUGAUUGUUUAUCUUCCUAAAUUAUAUUUUCAAUACUGUUUGGCCAAAGUGAUGCAAUUGUUGGCCAUUACACUGAUUUAAUGUGUUUUUCUGUUUGUGAAAAUGGCCUUGUUGUUGUCAUUUAUUGACAGUAUGCAAAGUAAAAUGUUAUAAAUGUGAAGUUAUAAAAUAAAUAUAUGCUAAUAAAA